UUCAAUAUCAUUUCAGUUCAAAACCGGCGAACAGUGAAUAAUGUUGUCGUAAUGGUGUCGCAUUAUCGCAUAUUGUGAAGAAUAUUCCAUAAGAACGUAGCUAACAAUGCUUCUGUUAGUUGUGUGAGAAAGGGAAACGGUGGAAAUUAGAUACCCUUCGAUAUAGGAUAUAGCAAAACAAAAUAUCCUAAAGUACAAUGUGCUUAAAACUUAAGUACGUGUAGUUCAUUAAAAAAAAAGUGUUGAAUCGCUAAAAUCCAAAUUAUAAAGCAUGUGAAAAUAACGAAAUUCAAUACCAUACGAAACUAACAACUAAUAUACCAAAAAUAAAGAUUAAAGUGCGCCAACAACAUUGACUCCUAAAAUAAAUAUCAAGAGAAUAUAACAACACUAUUAUUGACCAACUCAGAGAUGGGACUUGAGGAAAAAGAAAAUGAAAUUGCAACGGCAGAACAGGCACACCCUCCACCAGAGGAGGAAAGCAAAUACACUCGCUUCAACAGAGCCAUAUUUUCGCCAUGGUACAAAGAAAUCUCAGUGGAACCCACAAUGUUCCUGUACAUGUUUGCCUUCAUGAUCACUUCUGUGGUGGAACAAGAUUUUUUCCUUCAAAAGGCCUGCCGAGUCAAUAAUAAUUUAUCAGCCGAAAUCUGUGAUCACAUAAAAGACAGUGAAAAUGCUGAAUACAAAAAACAGGUUCAAUUAACCACUGCGUGGUUCUUGCAAUGGGAAUCCAUAUCGGCGCAUAUAUUUCCCAUUAUUUUGGCCCUAUUUUUGGGCUCAUUCUCCGAUCGAAGGGGAAGAAAGCUGCCCUUGCUAAUGGGCUUGGUGGGUAAAUUCAUCUAUUCUGUGAUGAUUGUGGUCAAUGCUCGCAUGAAGUCUUGGCCGGUGGAAUACAUUCUAUACACGGCUACUUUGCCCAGUGCCCUGACGGGAGCUGAUGUUGCCAUAUUUGCCUCAUGCUUUGCCUACAUAUCGGAUAUCUCUUCCUUAAGAAAUCGUACAAUGAGGGUGACAAUUUUAGAUGUUUGCUAUCUAAGUGCCAUGCCCACUGGGGUGGCUUUGGGUUCCUAUCUGUUCUACAAUCAAUUCAAUCAUUCCUAUGCAAACAUGUUUACCCUCAAUGCAUCUCUAUUGGCUGCGGCAAUAGUUUAUACAUUCUUUGCCCUAAAGUGGCAAACAACCGAGAAACAGCGUUCUUUGCGUGAACUUGGCUGCUGUGGAUUUUUCCCAGAAUUCUUCAACAAACAGCAUGUUGUUGAUUCUGUGAGUGUGCUGGUCAAAAAACGACCCGGUAGUCGUAGAAGCUUUCUAAUAGUGCUUCUCAUUUGUAUGGCACUGUACACAUUCCAAAGAGAUGAGGGACAAUACUUGUAUAUGUACACCGCCUUCAAGUUUCAAUGGGGCGUUGAUGUUUACAGUACUUUUAAAACUGUUAAAUCAUCGGCCUUUGUUGUGGCCAUGUUGCUGGGAGUGCCUAUAAUGAAUAAAGCACUGAAUUGGCGCGAUACGACCAUAAUUUUCGUUGGUGCUUGGGCCCAUGCCAUAGCUCGCCUGUUUUACUACUUCGCUAACACUGGCCAGAUGUUCUAUGCCGGCGCCAUAAUAUGCAGUCUGGGACCUAUAGUUGGACCUAUGAUUCGUUCAAUGACAUCCAAGAUUGUACCUCUCUCGGAGAGAGGCAAAGUCUUUGCCUUGCUUUCAGUAUGCGAUAAUGCAGUGCCAUUUAUAAGUGGCGUAUGCUAUUCUCAAGUCUAUCGUGCCACAUUGAACGAUGAUGGCAAAGGAGGUGGUGGUGUUUUCCUACUGACCAUAGCCACUCAAAUGGCGGUAUUCGUAUUGAUAUUAUCUAUACACAUAAUAUUGGGCAAUAAUUCCCUGGAAGUACCAGAGGUCUCUGAGACGGAACAGGCUAUUAUAAGGGAUCCAGCAGCUUUGGAUACUGCUUCCAAUGAAACAGUGAAUAAAAAUGCCAUCGAAAGCAGUCAGGGAUGAUUACCGAAUAUAUUAACCAACCACAAAAACGCUAAUUGUCUUCAGAAAAGAUUCUAUAAACUUAUAUCAAAUGGUUUAUUUGUUAUAUAUUGGGUUGCCCAAAGUGCGGAUUUUUCAUAUAGUCGGCGUUGACAAAUUUUUUCACAGCUUGUGACUCU